UCCUGUUUCAAAACGCUUUAAAAACAAUAUUAUUGCAGUUACAGCUCCGAGUGCUGAUUGUGUGUGACAACCAAGCCGAGGGUGCAUUUGAAACCGUUGACGAGAAGCACGAUCGAUCUAUCCAAUUGACCUCCCGUGCUCAAGGUGUUUUAUCCGACCGACGAAUAGCCAAGUCCCCCAUCAAAAAAUUGGUGAGCUGGUGUUGUCAUUGUGUUGCCAGUGACAAACUCGGAGCUUUAUUUCCGUCGGAUACCCCUCUGUCGUUUCCUCCACCACAACAAUCUACUAGCUAAUACCAACCAUGGCGUCUGCAGUUUUAGAGAACGUCCAGACAACUCUGGCCGAUGCAGGCAAUGAUGUGAAUGUGACUGCUGCCUUUCGGGACAGUCUGUUGUUCGAGUACCAAACUGUAACCUCCACCGACAACAUGGCCGCUAUUCCCCGCUUUGGCCACGGCAGUGAUUUCAGCAUGCUCUUUGUCACGGACGAUGGUGGUCAAGCCCAAGAAGACUACAUCAAAGGUCUCUUGUUCGUGGGGAUCUUUGUCCUGGUGGUUUUUGGAAUAUGGUCGUUGCUGCUCAUUGGAUUCAAACUCUGGAGCAUUUGGUCUACUAUUCCGGGAUAUUUCGGGGGACGGCCCUUUACACUAAAAGCCGAAGAUCCUACCAAAGAACAACUGGGACGGUUUGCCACAAAGAACACCCGCAAACGCAUUGUUUUCAUGGUGGCCGGACUCUUUGUCGUCAUUUUCUCCAUUCUACUGGUCACCAAGGGCUUCCAACAAGUUGAGGAAACACGCGUAACAGCUGAUGUGUCAUUGGAUAGUGCGCGGCUGCUGGUGGAUGAAGCCUCCUUGCUGGCGGUGGAUUUGCGGGAUGUGGGACUCUCCGCCAUUGAAGUGAGGGAUGAGCUGUUGAUUGAGCUAGAAAAAGAACGGCUCUGUCCGCAAAAUCCUAAUUACAUUGUGGAGGACGAAUUCGCAUCUGCCAUCAAUGAUAAUGCUGGAGCAGCCAUUGAUUUGCUUUCUGCCUUGGGAGAAUUUGCUACUCAAGAUAUUCGACAAAUGGAGGAUGGGUUGAGCACAGCGGACAGCAUUAUUGACCAGGUGGAUGCCAAUGUGGAGGCGGUUGCGGAGAAUGAAUGGGUUGGUGUUGCCUUUAUCCUCCCUAUUGUGUUCUUGGCAUCGCUACUGAUGGCUGGGACCAUGGCAGCCCACUGGGACGUGACCAAUGGUUGCUAUGAAUUCGCGCUCACGUGGAUCGUUUCGCCUCUCUUUAUCAGCUGGAUUGUGAUAUCCUUUAUUCUUUGUGGCGCAAUGGCCUUGUCUGCCAGUGCCAAUGCGGAUUUUUGUGCAGGACCUACCCAUAGAGGUGGUCCUGACGAAACCAUUCUCUGGAGCAUUCAACGUGCUGGUCUGGACAACAACGCCAUUGAAUAUGAAAUUGCUAGGUUCUAUCUUCUCCAAUGCACUAACGAAGCAGAAGUGGAUCCGUUCUUGUUCUUGAGAAGACACGAAGCCGAGUUGACAAAUGCUAAGGCCAUUGUGGAAGAACUGAAAGAAUCUAUCGCCAAGGUGGAUGUAGAGACACUGUCCUUUCAAUGCGGACGUGACUUUGAGCCUCUGAGGUCUUCUCUGGAUACUGUCAGGGCCAUUUUGGAUGCUCUGGAACAGGCCGCGGCCAAAGGACUGCAACUGCUGAGUUGCGAGCGCAUUGUACCGAUCUAUGCGGAUGUCGUCUACGAGGGCACGUGCAACCACAGCGUCACUGGUUUGACAUGGAUGUUCUCGAGCCUGCUGGUGAUUAGCACCAUGGGAAUGAUUAUGAUCAUGUUGCGCUCCUCCUUCAAGGCGGAUGUCAUUCUGGCUGACAACUUGGAACCCACAGACGAAGACAGCGAGUUCCAUUCCAUGCAUCGCAUGGGUGGCAAGGGCACCAGCAGCAGCGACGACUAUGAUGGGUACGACGGAGAUGUCAAUGAUGGUCCGGAUGGGAAAGAACAAUACAACAAAUCACAGCGCAAUAGUGCAAUACGGUACCAGGACGCCAGUGAUGCAGGUAGCGUAUAUACGGAUGGCAAUGGCGACUUGCAUGUGAUUGAAGUGGAUCCACAAGAAGUCUUGCGAAAGACCAGCAGCCCGACGCUGUACGAGCUGGAAGAGAGCAGUUUUGACAGCCGCGGGCACCCCAAACCGAGUGCACCUUUUGAAGGUCGCUAUCGCUAUGACGAUGAUUAUCUGGUGGCCUAAGUUUAUGUGACUGCUGGUAGGGAGAUCAGAAUCAGAUCACCGUGUUAGUGGCGGUGUGUACAUUUGAGCAUGAAUGCAUAGAUAUGAGACUACGCAAAAGGUAGGGCUAAAUGGUGUUUCAUAAACCAAAUUGCAAUUCC